AUGGAUAGCAAACAUGUGGCCCAGUUUUGUCUGUUCGGUCACCUCGGAUACGAGUCAAAUGCAGGGGCGGAUCUACGAGUUGACAAGAUCCGGGGCUUAGCCGAAAGCACUCACAACCUGGAUGAUUCACAUAGCGAAAUGCUGAUCAACCAGCUGAGGGAGAUCACCGGCAUCCAGGACUCACAGAUCCUCUACAGAGCUUUGAAUGCUAGCCAGGGUGACAUUGGACAUGCUGUUGGACUGCUGACAACACAGUCAGCAGAGGUUCAGGAUCCUGGAGAACUGCAGGAGACAGAGACCCCUGAGGUGGCCUGGGAGGGGCAGAAAGGAGUUCAUAAAGAUGAACUGCAGGCUGCCAUUGAACUCAGCCUGCAGGAAUCUCAAAAUGCUCAGGAAGAGGAUAGAGAAUUCAACAGGGCUCUGGAGGCGAGCGCAGAGGAGAACACAGCGAAGAUGAAGAGGAAGAGAUGUGAAGCCCAAAGUGAGAUGUGCAGCCCUGGCGAGUGGAUCCGUCAGGAAGAUUGGCCCGUUGGCAUUCGCAACGUAGGAAACACCUGCUGGUUCAGCGCUGUCAUCCAGUCGCUGUUCCACCUGCCUGUGUUCAGGAGGCUUGUUCUCAACUACCAUCUGUCUGAGCGACUGCUGGAGAAGUGUAAGAGCCACGCGGACAGGAGGAACAUCGCUUUCAUGCAGGAGCUGCGCUGCCUGUUUGCACUCAUGUUGGGCUCCACCCGCAAGUUUGUGGAUCCUUCUGCUGCGGUGGAGUUACUGCGAGACGCCUUCAGGACCAACGAGGCCCAACAGGAUGUCAGUGAGUUUUCCCACAAGCUGCUUGACUGGCUAGAGGAUGCAUUUCAGCUGUCUGCCAAUGGAAAAAGCGCAGAAGACAAACAAGAAAACCCAAUGGUUCAGCUUUUCUAUGGCACCUUUGUGACAGAAAGAAAACAUGAAGGUAAGACUUCAUAUAACAUUGAGCAGUUUGGUCAGUAUCCUCUGCAAGUCAACGGCUUCAACAACCUGGAUGAAUGCCUCGAAGGCGCUAUGGUUGAGAAGGAGAUUGAGUCGCUACAUUCAGAUCACGGCGUUACGCCCGGCCGAGAGAGAUGGUUCAAAAAGUUACCUCCAGUCUUGACUUUUGAACUGUCAAGAUUUGAGUUCAACACCCAGCUCGGUCGCCCAGAGAAGAUUCACAAGAAGCUGGAGUUUCCACAAAUCAUUUAUAUGGACAGAUAUCUUCACAGAAACAUAGAGCAGACCCACGAGAGGAGAGGAGAAGUGAAAAAAAUGAAAGAACAACUUGCUGCCCUUCAACAGAAACUUGAAUGCUACAAAAACUACGGCUCAGGACCUACCAAGUAUCCUCUGACUGACAUGCUACAGUUUGUGUUGGAGUUCGCUACCACCAAGCCCUCAAAUGUUUCCCCAGCUGAAGACCUGAGACCAGCUUCAUCUUCACCGACUCCUUCAAGCCACCCGCUCAGCGAAACCAUCUCUAAAGACAACAGUGAACCUGAAGACACAGAUGAAUCAGAGGGCCUGGUUUCCAGUGUGUCUAGUUGCCAGCGGACCCCGAUAUACAAACCCUUCACCCAGUGCAGGCACCCAGUCGACUGCCCACCACACCCAGCACCUCACAGCAUCACCGAAGAAGAGCUGCACUUUGUUAAGAACUGCAUACAGCGCUGGAGGACAGAAGUAGAGAACGACAUAAAUGAGCUAAAGGCCAGCAUCGACAGGCUCAGUCAGGUGCUGGAGGGCAUGUACUCAGACAGCAGCCUCUGCCAGACGCCCUACAGACUCCACGCAGUGCUAGUGCAUGAGGGCCAGGCGUCAGCGGGUCAUUACUGGGCCUACAUCUACGAUCACGCCAACCAGCGCUGGAUGAAGUACAACGACGUGCACAUCACCGAGUCGACAUGGGAGGAGUUGGAGAGAGACUCGUUCGGGGGCAUGACCAACGCCAGCGCCUACUGCUUGAUGUACAUUGAUGACAGGUUACCCAACCUUAUCACAGAAGACACAGAUGACGAGACUGGCCAAGUACUGCACGGCAUGGACUCCCUGCCGCCCGUCCUCAGACGCUAUGUCCACGAAGACAACCGCUGGUUCCAGCAGGAGCUCAGCGAAUGGGAGGAGCAGUUCUGCCAGACAGCAACUCCACAGGGAGAGUCCACAGCCUCCGCAGAGCCCCCAAACCCCAGUCCAGACGAUGAACAGCCAACACCAGUCGAGCCAGCUCCCCAGUCAGGACCCUCCACCGAAGAGCUGGAAGAGGGAGCUGCUUCAGAGCCGCAACCAGACUCGGAGGCGCAGAAGGAUUCGGAGUCUGAAGCUGCAGAGAAGGCUGAAGAAGAAUCAGAGUUAACCCCACCGCUACCACCACAGAGUCCGGGCCGCCAGCCAGACGACAGCAGUGCAGCCGUCACUGACACCUCGGGGCCCAGCCAGGAUCUGCAGUGUCAGGUUUGCAUUAACAGUAUACCAGAACGGGACAAGAAGCUAAAGAUAAUGAAUGAAUUAAUGGAUCAAAUCUUCCUCCGUCAGACUUCCAGCUCUGAAGCUGAGCUCAGUAACCAGGAACCAUCUGAUCUCCAAGUGGAGAAGAAGGACGACGCAGAGGUGGCAGGCCUCGGCUCAGAAGCUGAAGGUGACUCAGAGGCGUCUGGAGAAGCUCCUGAACGUGGAGCAGAUCAGGAGAAUGAGGAGCAGCAGCAGCAGCAGCAGGGGGAACAGGAGGAACAGCAGCAGCAGCAGGGGGAGCAGCAAGCGGAGGAGGUGCCAGCUAGACAGCGACAGCCUGAGAACGAAGUCUCAGAAGUAGAGAUCCCCAAUGUGGGCAGGAUCAUGGUGAGGGCUGAUGCCGAUGGAUACAACGAAGAGAUGAUGCUGACUCCGGCGAUGCAGGGCGUCAUUCUAGCCAUAGCCAAGGCCAGAACAACUUUUGAUAAGGAAGGCCCUGAGGCUGGCCUCAUCAGGGCCUUCCAUGAAGAGUAUUCUCGCUUGUUUGAGCUCUCCCAGGAGGAGACCACUCCCCAGGAGGACGCUCGUCUGCAGCACUCUCUGGUCUACUUCUUCCAGAAUAAGGCACCCAAGCGCAUUAUUGAGAGGACGUUGCUGGAACAGUUUACUGACCGCAACCUGAGCUUCGAUGAAAGAGCAAUCAGUAUCAUGAGGGAAGCCCGAUCCAAGCUGCGUCUCAUCAAGCCAGAGGAUAUGGACAUGGAUGAAUACCUGCAAUGGCACGAUGACUACAGGCUGUUCAGGACGGUGUUUGUCUACCUGCUGACUGGACUGGAGCAAUACCAGCACGGGAAGAUACGGGAGGCGUUGAACUACCUGGCUCACGCGUACGAGACCAACGUCGCCCUGCUGAAUAACGGGGAGAAACGUGGCGUGGACAAGUCUCUUAUUGCAGUUUACAUGAGGAAAUGCCUCACUAUGUUGAACGAGAGCGCGUCACGUCUGUUUAGCAGCGGCGAGGAGAGCAAGGUGGAGGAAGGUGUGUCCAUCAUGGAUGAGGCCGUCAUCCCCUGCCUUCACCUAAUGAGCCGUGAUGCUGCUUUAACGCAGGAAGACCGCGACACCAUGGAGAGCAUCCGCAGCCACUGGUGCUGCUGCCUGGGUCAGGACAUGAAUGACUCAUUGCAGGUGAAGCUGGGUGAGUUUCUGCCUCGCGUCCUGGACUGCUCGGCUGAGAGAGUAGUGCUUAAAGACCCGCCCGAAGUCCAAGCCAACCUGGAUCACAACCUUUGCAGUCGCCUAGCCGCCGUCAUGGAGUCCAUCCACAGCACCUCCAUAGUAACUGUGAAGUAAAAGCCCCUGGAUGAAGAGUCACGGCUUUGAACUGUGCAUCCUACCUGCCAGCAACCAUCGGCCAAAUGAUGUAUUCCUUUUUAAUUUGCUGGUUUGGGCUGUAAAUGUAUAUUAUUUUGAUGUGUUGGCGUAGCUAGCUGUAAGCACCACAUACAUACAUACAUCUCGUUACAUGCUUUUUAAACCCCAAAAACUUGCAAAACUCUCAAAUAUAUCAAACUAGACCCUCUGGAUUCCUACCCAACCAACAAAGUACUACUAUAUGUUUCUACUACUCUUGUUAAAAAUCAUUAUGUUCUUGAAGCAGCAGCAGGUUUUGCAUGAAAAGGCCCAAAUGGUAGCAGUACACUGUAUAUUUUUUCCUCCUCUCAUGACCUGCAGAACUGGCAACCCAAAUAGUACUAUAGAAAUGAUGGAGUGCAGCAAUCGUAGGUUGUAAAAAUGCUAUAAAUACAGUCUCACUGAAAUAAGACACUACAAAAAAAUAUUUAGUUCUAAGUGCCUGAAACUAAUGCAUUUGCUCACCAUGUUAACAUUUAACCUUCGUGUCGUCCUCCCGGGUCAAAUUGACCCCGUCUGUUUUGACUGUUCCUUCUUUCCUCCCUUCCUUCCUUCCAUCUGUCCUUCCUCCCUCCCUCCUUCUCUUUCUUUCCUUCCUCUCUCUUUCCUCCCUUCCUUCUUUCCUUCCUCCAUCCCCCUUUCUUCCUUCUUUCUGUCCUUCCUUCCUCCCUCCCUCCUUCUUUCUUUAUUGUCUGCUUUGAUGCUAUUUAGUGGCAAAAAUAUCAUCAGCAAGAGAGCAGGGGAAGCAUGAAACUCUGAUUUGCACUCUGAAAAGUUAAGAUAUGGACGUGUUUUACUUGUUGGCAAACUUUAAAUAACCGUUGAAGUAUUGCUUAACUCUUGCAAGAAGUGACUGGAUUUUGUUGAUUGUGUUGCUAAGCAGUGUGAAUGCACGAGAUAGGGUCUUUACAUGGGCCGACGAAAUUGUUAAAUUUGUACUGCACAGUGACAAAUACUGUUUAUUAGCUUUUUUUAAAAUAAGUGUUUUAUAUAUUGCCUACACACCAGGAAAUGAUACAUGUAGAUGAAGCUUAGAGAGAUAUCUAUAGUACUGUUAUGCAUAAAAAUAGUAGUGACAGCACAGCAGGGGGGAUUCUCCUUUAUCCAAGCUGCACAGAGUCCCUGUUCAACAGCACUUUGCUUAUACAGAUGUGCCUUUUAUCCAUGUUUUUAAGAGUUUCUCUGUAAACCAUGUGAGUCCUUUGAAAGGAAAGACAUGGGACAACAUGAGAUAUAAAAAAAGAAUGAAAAAAAAAUCCCAGAUGAAAUGCAGUAUCAUGAAUGAAUCCUCUGAAUCAGGGUGUUUUUUCAGGCCAGGAACAGCCUGUAGUCACUGUUGUUACAUAUGCUGGCACUGCUGAUUUCACACAAGCUUUUUUCACUUGUACUCUGUGAUGAUACUCAAUAAAUCUUUUAAAUAUUCCUUUAUUAUUGACUAUUUGCUUCUGUACUAAAGCCUGCGAGUUCACCUCACAAUCAUUCUCCGAAGCCAAUCCUCGUGAAAUUCAUAAUGCAGUCUGUGGCGUUGUUUUUUUGCAUAUUAAAGAAUAAA